AUGGGGGGGGGGUGCGAGGCGAGGUCGCGGCGAACGGGGGCGAUCGAGACGGCGGCGAUCGAGGACGCGGCGACGGCGAUCGAGGAUGCGCAUUUCGUCGAUUUUCCAGUCGUUUUCGCGAGCGUCGACGGCGGAGGACGACGAAUGGCGAUUGGGGGGGAUGGUGAGCUCGUUUUGGCGCUCGCGAGCGUGGUGGCGCUGGCGUUGGUGAACGCGGCGUUGAAGGCGGUUCGCGGCGCGCGAUUCGCGGGCGAAGUCGCGAACGACGACGCGCCGGCGAGUGCGGAGAGCGUUCCGUGGCAAGAGCUCGUGGGCGAAAUGAACGCCUUGAAAGUGAAACAAAUCGUGCGCGAACAGCGGGAGCGUGCCGCGCAUCUUGCGCCGACGGCGGAGUGGACGGUGACGGCCAAAUCGCCGGCGCUGGAUUACUUUGCGCCGCGAACGAACACGCGCGAUUUGGUGUUUGACUUCUUGACUUCGCACCCGUUUUCCAUCGCACCCAAACACGUCGAUCGUGAGUGGGAUUCCGACGCAGACAGUUGCGACGGCAACGACGCCGUACCGUGGCUCUCCACACAUGGCCUCGAGACGUCGGACGUCGAUUCGGCGAUGGAGUACGACUUGUUCGGCACUGCUUUUCAUCCGGGUGCGGAUUUCUCGAUGACCAUUCGAGGUCACGGUCCACCACCCGUCGCUCGAAAAGUAAUGUCUGACAUUGCGUCGUGCAGGCACUUCACUGAUAUGGAUUUAAAAUUCUUCGAGGAUAAACACGAAGAAUGA